AACCUCGCUCUCCGCCAAAAUAAUCCAGCGGCUGUCCUCCCCCAUCGCGUUCUUUUUAGUCCCGCGCAUAACUAUUCGCGUCGCACUCUCUGAAGGAUAUUAUUGACAGCCCCUUUUCACUCUCUCCCACGAAGCCAUUUCGUACAAUCGACCUUCGUAACCAUGGGGAUUCCGAUGUUCCGUGAACCUUCGCCCUGCGAGACAUCGAAGAAUAGCACUACUAUUAAGGAUCCGUCUGCCGCUUCACGGUCUACGAUCCGCCGCCAGACUUCAGUUCGUCGCCCAAAUCGCUACAGUACGCGUGGUGCGCCUUUCCGCUCUCACUUUCCUCGUCAAAGUGCAGAUGAUAAUGAGCGCGACCUGCUUGCAACAUGGCGCCAUGGGCCAUCUUCUGUUCCAAACCGUGGCUAUGGAAACGAUGCGUUAGACUUUUCAACCGGCCUUGCAGACCUUAGCAGACGCGACGCCGGUCGGAGGAUCCUAUCAGACGUUCUCCGCCAGGCACACCCCGGCCGGCGGCUGAGGAUUGCGCGAGAGUCGACACUUCGUCCGGAUCUGACCAGUCCCUUGUUUUCAAGUGAUUUGCUUAAUCACCUGUCGCCUGGGGAUGACGCGGGCAGUCAAAGAAGUUCCGAGCAUCUGCCCUUCACGCCGCGAUUUGCGCCGGCCAUCGCAUAUCACAGUUCAAUCUCCUCGCAGCCGCCCCCGGAUGCCACCCGUGCGCAGUCGUUCCCUCGCGUAGACGGGCCUGAGGAUGACACGACGGCGCCAACAGUACCGCUAUUACAGGGAGCCAGGCCGCGGCCUGAUAAUAGAGGAACCAGGCAGAGGCGUGAGCCGCUUGUCGAUGGACUUGGGGAUCGACAACGGAGCUUGAGCCCAGAUGACGAGAACGAUGCUUGGGAAACCCUUCUUACCACAAUAACCCCAGACGCCAAUCUCCCUAGUGCCGAGUCCUCGUUUGCAUCGGGCUCUGUAUCUGCAACGACGGACCUGCCUAGGCUUGGGGUGCGUAGAAGUCCCAUCACCUCGUCACAGACCCUGCCAUCCUCUUUCGAUUCCUCCGGGACAACAGUGCCGGUGGUCUUGGAUCCAUAUCCGGAAUUCUUGAAUCCUUGUGACUAUCCGUCUUCGUCUGAUUCAGAGCCGGAUUCGGAUUCAGAGGUCAACUAUAGGACCCUUUACCGACGCAGUCGAGACCGGUUGCGUAGGUCCCAUCAUCUUGGAUCGACCAUGGGCAGCCAACCGCCGAUUCCUACUAUUUCCGUCUCUUUCUCCCACUCAUCGGCGAACCCAGAACUCCAGCAGAUGCAGGCCAUCCUGGACCGGCUUUCUCGGAGGGAGGAUAUUCCAGAUGAUUGGUGGGCGGCGGCUGGGCUGUCUCGCACCAUGAGUCGUCGUGUCCACGCGAACGAUGACUCCCCAGAUCUCGAUAUUCCUGAUGGACCGCUGAGAGAGAGACUCUGAGAGCUCUUUCUCCCCUCUUCACUUCUUCUGGCCUUGUUUUAUAUUCAUUUUUCUCCGUUCCCAUUUCCUUUGCCAUUUUACACCGAUCGAACGUCCCUUCUGGAAUGUAAAUAAGCACUGUAUAGGGCGUUCUUGAUGUUCUCUAGCCGGGCUCCUUGCGGAUUUGCGUGGACUUCCUGCCCAGUCCUUGUAAAUAGUUAUGGAUACCUUGCCCACAAACAGACUGGGACGAGUUUCUCAGUCCAGCCGCCGAGGCUAAUACUACGUUUGACACGGUCGCUUGCCGUUAAAGCUGAGUUCAGAGAGAC